AUGAGUUUCCAGCAUCAGGGUCGGUUUGAGAUACUGUCGCUGUCUGGUACUUUUGUGGAAACAGAGAAUCAAGGUUCAAGAGGCCAAUCUGGUGGCAUGAGCGUCUCUUUGGCGGGUCCUGAUGGACGUGUUGUUGGUGGUGGCGUGGCUGGCUUGCUCAUUGCAGCCACUCCUAUUCAGGUUGUUGUUGGCAGUUUUGUAACGAGUGAUCAGCAAGAACAUCAGAAACCACCAAGGAAGCAACGAGUCGAACAUACCACCUCAGCAACAACGGUCAUGUCAUUGCCUCCGCCCCCUCCUCCUCCUGCUUCGUCAAACCCAGAGAGGGAGCAGCCACUGCCAUCAUCAUUCGGCAUUUCCAGCUGGACCAACGGACAGGACUACUCGAGAAGCUCAGACACUGACAUCAACGUAUCUUUACCGGCCCGUCCGUACAAUCUUUAGAAGGGAUUGUUGAAGCUGAAUGUUACUACUGUACGCUUUUCUUGUACUCCAAGUUAAUCAUCUGUCCUUUAGUAAACGACCUGAGCUUCUUCUACUUAUUGUAACUUUCGCAGUCGGCUUAAGUUGUUCUUUUAGUACUCCAACUGCCAGUUUCCGUUGGAUGAAUAUGUGUGACACUCUUUAUCCAUACAUAUAUGUUCUGAUGAUGAAUAUGCUUACAUUACUUUUAUUGGUGAGGACAAAACAUAUUCAUAUGAUGUAUUAUAGCACCACAUUUAAAA